GUUCACUUUCACCAAAAUUUUAUGCCAGCAUUAUAUGACAGUACGAAGAAACAAUGAGAACAGACCAAGAGGAUCUUGUAUUUACAACAAGCAGAUCAGGAUGGAUAUCCAGUUGGCUGCCCUCCUGGUGUUCCACCUCUCCCUCUCAUCUUAAAAAAGCAGAAGACAGAAUCCUGAAACCAAUCAAAGACAAGUAUACACAAGGACAUGUUCCCAUAUCUGAAGGGAAUUACAUUUGGACUCUGGUAUUCAAUGAAAAAAAGAGCUUGUGUGACAACACAGAUGUCCCAGCCCCUGAUAUGCAGAUCCCACUGGUGUUACUGCAUGGUUUUGGAGCUGGGGUUGGUCUCUGGGUUAAAAACCUGCCUGUCAUUGCAAAAGAUGGAAGACCUGUAUACGCACUGGACAUGUUGGGUUUUGGACGCAGUAGUCGGCCAGUCUUUGGCAGUGAUGCCCAGGAGGCAGAGGAGCAGUUUGUCCAAUCACUUGAGGAUUGGAGAGAGGCAGUAGGGUUGGAAUAUAUGAUUCUGCUUGGCCAUGAUUUUGGAGGUUAUGUGUCUACUGCAUAUGCCCUGAAAUAUCCUAACAGAGUGAAGCACUUGGUGUUGGUGGAACCGUGGGGGUUUACAGCAAAACCGAAUGUUCAGGAACGCUGGGUUCCUAUUUGGAUUAAAGCCAUUGGCGCUGUGUUGAACCCAAUAAACCCUCUUACCUUUCUCAGGCUGGCAGGCCCACUGGGUUCUUUUUUGAUACAGGCUAUACGAUCAGAUUUUAAGCAGAAAUAUGCUUCUCUGUUUGAGGAUGAUACGGUGGCUGAUUACAUAUACCAUGUGAAUGCACAGACUCCCAGUGGAGAGAGAGCAUUUAAAAACAUGACAAUCCCAUACACCUGGCCCCAACGCCCCAUGAUGGAGCGCGCAGGGAUGAUCAGUCCCUCGCUUCCUAUGACUUUUAUCUACGGAUCACGUUCCAACAUCGACGGCCAAUCAGGAAAAGCCAUUCAAGAAAUCAGACCCAACUCAGACACAGAAAUAAUAGUCAUUCAGGGUGCAGGUCACUAUGUAUUUGCAGACCAAUCAGAAGACUUUAGCCAGGCUGUGCUCAAAAUAUGUAACAAUGUCAGAGACAUGAUCGAUGGUAAAGAAGAUGAGAAGAAUGAGAAGAACACGGAUCUUAACCAAAGACAAUGAGAACUGAGAGAACAUGAGUCAUGAAUGAGUGACAGGAGGGUCAGAAGAGAAGAUAAGUAAAAUAGGAUGGAAGGGUAAAAUGCAAAGUAUGAAAGAAUGCAGAACACAAUAUUACAUCAGCAUCUCUCUAGGACAACUAAGUUAAGUUACUAAAUUAUCUUAAUCUCCACGUCGUGUUGCAGAAACAUUGCCAUCUAAUGGCAUGUAUAGUAUAAAUAUUCAUAAUUAACCAUGUUAAUAAAUUAAUCAUGUUACUUAUAUGGUUCUCAAUAUGAUGAAGUCUCAAAAAGCACAACCAUUUAUCAAUAAAGCAAUACAAAAAACUACAGUACGUAAACGUGCAUGGGUUAAAUGAAUGAAGACAAACAAAAAUUGUGUGACAUGCUUAUUUUAUUGUGUUCACAAUUUGUUGAUAUAAAUUAUUUUGCCUCAGUGGGGCAAAACGAUUUAGGCAAGCAAAGUAUUUAGCAAAAUAAAAAUAAAUGUUGACAGUAUUUUUACUGACUGUUACACUACCAUAA